AUGAGAAUCCACGAUGCCGAUGGAGCUCUGCUCAAAACGGAUUUUGGCCAGGGAAACUACAGGCUACUGGUGGAUGGAACAAUCGUUGAAAAAUAUCCUCCAGUCGAAGUCUCCCCGGAACAACAUGUGGAGACGCUGAGACACAUGCUCCAGGACCCUGCUUUGAAGGAACAUCAUCACAAUAUCCGCACCCUGAUUCGUCUCUACGAGCAGGAGAGAUUGCCGCCGGCUCGAGAGGGUACACGAAUUGUUAUUGCUGGGAGAAUGAUUAUCGACGUUGGCCUCGGGACGCGAGUGGUAAGAAUGGUUUAG